CUCCGUUUCUUGACUGAAAAACAUAGGUAGGUAACCGUUAUUUGCCACGUUUGGAUGAAUCUAACCUGAAAUUCCCACGUACCCAUCCCCGGAGCUAAGCAAAAUCUGCCACGUGACAUUUCGUGAUUCAGUAGCUCUUCCCAGCCCCAAAAGGUUGGGUCCGGGGUAUAUAUAAUAUAAAUGGAUCCGAUCCCAUCCGAUAAACAAACACAACACAAGUAAGUACGUGCGGAGCGGAUUUGAUGAGAGAGAGAUAGAUAGAUAUAUAGGCAGGCCAGCAGUUUAAGUUGUGGGAAGAUAGAUUGGAACGAGAAUUAUAAGAAUGGGAGGAGAGUCUUCGUCGUCGACAUCGGUGCUGGUGUACCGGCCGUUAGACAGGAAAUCAUCAAUAGAGAAUGAACCUCGGACGCUCAAUAUCCAUCAACUCCAAUUCGCUAGGGGGCUAGAGCCAGUAGUUAAUUGUGUACACGACGACAAUAAUGAGGGGAUGAUGAUGAUGGAGUAUGAAGAAGAUGAAGAGGAAGAGGAGGGUUCAUACAACUUGUUGAGAAUUCCAUCUGCCCUAAGAGAUAUUGCAUCUGCGCCUUUCUAGCUUUUAUAUAUAUAUAUACAUACAUAACAUUCCUUCCUUCAUAUAUUAUAUUAUUAUUAUUACUAUUCUUGUUCUACUAUAAGAAGAAGACAAAAAGAAUAAUAAGAGAUGUACGUACGUACAACAUGUACAGGCAAGAGACAUUGCAUCCCUCCCUUGUACGUAUGCAUUAUGCAUCCAUCAUCUUAAUCUCCCAACAUCUA